GGCUGCGUUCCAUGCGCGUUUGGUUGUGCCAGCGUGUUCUGUCCUCGGGGUUGCGUCCGCGUCUCGUCUCCCGGCCAUGAAGGUGGUCCCCGCCGCCGCUGCCCCCGCCGCAUCCCCCGGCCCUAGCUGCGCUCUCAAGGGCGCGGGGGGCGAGCCUUCGCCGCGCUGCCUCUCGGAGCAGAGCGUGUCGCUGUCUCGCGUGGGCAGCCCCCCUUCCCGGGGCUUGCCCCUCGGGCCGGAGCAAGCCGCCGCCGCUGCCGCCGCCUCGCUGCUUCUGGACAUGAAGGGCUGCUAUUCGCGCCUGGCCGCGCUGGUGCCCACCUUGCCUCGCCACCGCCGCGUGUCCAAAGUGGAGAUCCUCCAGCACGUGAUCGAUUACAUUUGGGCGCUCCAACACGAGCUGCAGGACCCGCUGACCGCCGGGGCGCCCCCGCCGCGGGGCGUGGACGAGCCGGCCGGAGCCGAGCCUGCUUGUGUUAGCCCGGAUGACGGAAUCUUGUGCCGCUGAAGAUCCCUUUGAAGGCUGCCAGAAGAUCUGUUGAAAUGCUUCCUAUCCCUCCAAUGGCAGGGAAAAAAAGAAUGGGGUGCUUCGCUGGUGAUGGGGGGGCUCCCUUGUCUGCCCCAUUCCUAUCUCCCCAGAUGUGGGCCGCACAGCAGAUUGAAAGUGGUUUUACAGAUCCAGAUGUUGAUGGGACUUCUCGUCUUUUAUCGCCCUGGUGCUUAAUUCCAGAAGGGAUCAACUCCGCUAGAAUUGGACUCUGAAUAGGCAUCUUUUAACGUCUUGAUGGGACAGUGCCUUUUUUCCCCUCUUUUUUUUUUGCUUUCUUAAAAAAAAGCUAGGAUUAAAACUUCACCCGAAUAUUUCUCAGUUUUCUGAGAAUCGACCGUAUUGUAUAUUACAAUGCUCCUAUCUCUGAGAAUAUUUUUCUAUAUUUUUUUGCUGUUAGGGAACAAAUGCAUAUUGCUGUGAAAAAAGG